CCUGUCCAUCAAGGGGCUGAGGGAGAACGUGGUAUUCACUCUGAGGAAUAAAGCGCCUGUAAUAGGAAACCUGACCUGUGUUUUCUGGGACUUUCAAAAAAAUCAAGGAUCAGGAGGCUGGAAUAAUGCUGGAUGUGCAGUCAUGAACACCAGCACAGAGAAUGAGACCAUGUGCAGCUGCAACCACCUGACUAGCUUUGCUGUGCUAAUGGACCUGUCCAGAGAUGUGAUCACUGACCCAGUGCAGGCCACCAUCCUCACCUUCAUCACUUACAUCGGCUGUGGCGUCUCUGCCAUCUUCCUUGCUGUCACUCUCCUCUCCUACCUGGCCUUUGAGAAAAUCCGGAGGGACAUUCCGUCCAAGAUCCUGAUCAACCUGUGCUUUGCGCUUCUGCUGCUGAACAUGGUCUUCCUGCUGGACUCAUGGCUGGCCCUGUACGCUGAUGCUGUAGGCCUCUGCAUCUCCACAGCAUUCUUCCUGCACUACUUCCUGCUUGCCUCAUUUACCUGGAUGGGUCUGGAGGCCCUGCACCUGUACCUCGCCAUCGUCAAGGUCUUCAACAAUUGCAUGUCCCGAUACAUUCUCAAGUUCGCUCUGGCAGGAUGGGGUGUACCAUUGCUGGUUGUCAUCAUUGUGAUCGCUGUGGACAAAAACAACUACGGCCUCAUUACAUAUGCGAAGUAUACAGACGGGACCACGGACGAUUUGUAAGUAUGGGUGGGACAUGGUUCAUGGUAGAGACUCAGGAACCAGGGGUCAAAUACAGCCAUUUGAUUUACUGUCCAAAACCACAAGUGGACCUACACGUGUCUUCUUUUUCUUAGUUUUUUUAGAAUGUUGAUGAUGGCGAAACAGUCAUAAAUCUGAAAAUAACAAGAUUUUCAUGGGGCCUCCCCUUCACCAUGAGUGGACUGAAAUUAAUGGAUUUAAAUACAAUUUAAGCCAAAAUUUUAUCAUAAAACUAUCAUAAAACAAUAUUUCAGACAUCAGGCAGCAUAUU